AUGAACAAUGAAGACUACAAUGACAUCUAUGACACAAUCCAAAAGGGGAGGAGGGACGAGGGUCCACACCAGCUGGAGGAAAGUGAGGGUCCUUUAUAUGGUAGAGUCCAUGAAGACUUGAGGAGUGAAAAUCAUCUGUAUGCCUCUCAGUUAGAAAACCAGGAAUACGAUGUUUUGUCGGUGUAUGCCUUGAAACGUGAGGAGACCACCUCAGCCUCUUGGGAGUCAGAAGAAGAAGGCUACCUGCAGCCUGAUGAGGUGUUUUCUGAGCCACAGGAGCUCAGGGACAUCUCCAGAAGAAACUCACGUUCACCAAGGCAGAGCCUAGAGCCUCUGCUGUGGGAGCUGAGGCAGAGCAGAAGAAUGGUCAAGGAAGAUUUGCCUCCUUCACCGAGCUUCACGGUUCAGCACAGCAAGGGCUUUUCCACCAGCCAGGACUUCCCUACCUACGCUUCUGCUGCUCUUGGUUUGGAAGAAAAUAAAAUAAUUUCCAGCAACCCUGAGAUCUUUCUGUAUGUGAAGGCUGGAAUUGAUGGGGAGAGCAUUGGCAACUGUCCUUUCUCUCAGCGCCUCUUCAUGAUCCUCUGGUUGAAAGGCGUCGUGUUCAAUGUCACCACUGUGGAUCUGAAAAGAAAGCCAGCAGACCUGCACAACCUCGCUCCUGGCGCGCAUCCGCCUUUCCUGACCUUCAAUGGGGACGUGAAGACUGAUGUCAACAAGAUAGAAGAGUUCCUGGAGGAGACCUUGACCCCUGAGAAGUACCCCAAACUGGCUGCGAGACACCGGGAGUCCAACACUGCUGGCAUUGACAUCUUCUCCAAGUUCUCAGCCUACAUCAAAAACACCAAGCAGCAGAACAAUGCGGCCCUUGAGAGGGGCUUGACAAGGGCACUAAAGAAGCUGGAUGACUACCUGAAAACGCCUCUGCCAGAGGAGAUUGAUACCAACAUCCGUGGGGAUGAGAAAGGGUCCCAGCGCAAGUUCCUAGAUGGGGAUGAGCUGACCCUGGCCGACUGCAAUCUGCUCCCCAAGCUGCAUGUUGUCAAGAUCGUGGCUAAGAAGUACCGGAACUAUGACUUCCCGGCUGAGAUGACAGGCUUGUGGCGGUACCUCAAGAACGCCUAUGCGCGGGACGAGUUCACCAACACCUGUGCAGCUGACAGCGAGAUUGAGCUGGCCUAUGCAGAUGUCGCCAGGCGCCUCAGCCGAUCCUGAGCUUAGCCAUUUGGCCCGAUUCUGUUGCAAAGGAAUUCUAUUUCUCUCAAGGGCCUUCUUCUACAGACUCAUUUUCCUCCUUACCUUGAGGAAACAUUUAAAAGCAAAGAAUGAAGCACAUCCUGCCGGCACCCCUGAACUCAGCUCC